GCCAUGCCCUGCUCUGAAGAGACCGCUGCUGUUUCCCCCAGCAAGCGGGAGCCCGCGGAGGAGGGCAACAUGCAGCUCCGCUUUGCCCAGCUUUCAGAGCACGCCACGGCCCCCACCCGGGGGUCCGCACGGGCUGCGGGCUACGACCUAUACAGUGCCUAUGAUUACACAAUACCACCUGUGGAGAAAGCUGUUGUGAAGACAGACAUUCAGAUAACUCUUCCUUCUGGGUGUUAUGGAAGAGUAGCUCCACGUUCUGGCUUGGCUGCAAAACAUUUUAUAGAUGUAGGAGCUGGUGUCAUAGAUGAAGAUUAUAGAGGAAAUGUUGGUGUCGUACUGUUUAAUUUUGGCAAAGAAAAGUUUGAAGUCAAAAAAGGUGAUCGGAUUGCGCAGCUCAUUUGUGAAUGGAUUUUUCAUCCCGAAAUAGAAGAAGUUCAAGUUUUGGAUGACACUGAAAGGGGUUCAGGAGGUUUUGGUUCCACUGGAAAGAAUUAAAAUUUAUGCUGAGAAUAGAAAAUGAGAAACUGUACUUUUUCCUUAAAAUUAAAGAGUUUUUGCUU